AUGCAAUGGGCGACAUUCCAUGGCAUGCCCUUCGCUAUUGGGAUUUCCAAGGGCUUCCCGCAGUAUGCCUCCAUGUCGGCGAAUGCGCGGACACUGUUCCAUUGCUGGCUGCCGGAUGCUACACACGUCCAGAUCGACCCGUCCUUGCUGCACUUUCCUCGCCACCAGGCCAGCGAAUGGGCAGAGAAUUACUACCGGACUUCGGAUGCCCAAAGCAGCAUUGUCAAGUUCGUGUCGCGUGAUCUCCGGUCCCGAGCACCGAAUGUCGUUAAGUUCCUAGAGAGCUUUGAGUUCGAGCUGACAGAGAUGCAGGACCUCCUGACCCAGGUAGUGCUGGGGGCAUCGAUUACAGAAGUCGCCUGCGAAUGGGCCCGCUCCAAGCGCAGUGUAUGGCAGAGGUGGGUUCCCAUUGAGAC